AUGGGCACGAUCAAGGUUCUCAUUAUUGAUCAUUAUGAUUCCUACACCAACAACAUUCUACAACUUCUCCAAGGUAUUCAGAAGGGUCACGAUGGACAGUCCUAUCCAGAGUGGAGUGUAUCUAUUGUUCGAUUCGAUCAGUUCUCAUGGGAUCACUUCAAAUCGGAAAUCCUCCCUCACCUGGAUGCCAUCAUCCUAUCACCGGGUCCCGGCACACCACAGCGCGAAGCAGACUUUGGCUUCAACGCUCGGCUUAUAAGAGAAGUCAACAUACCCAUUUUGGGAAUCUGCCUUGGACAUCAGGGCAUUGGCACAUCAUUUGGCGCCAAUAUUAUUCAUGCACCAAACAUCAAACAUGGCCAGAUCUGCCAGAUCCACCACCGAGGCACGGGCAUCCUCAGUGGUUUGCCGCAGAAGUUCGAUGGGGUAAGGUAUAACAGUCUUGUAUUGGACAUUGAAGAUGUCCCACCAGAACUUCAAGUCACAGCAUGGACAUAUGACCCAGAAAACCCCUCCAAGAAGGUUUUGAUGGGACUUCAACACCGGGAACGCCCUGUCUUUGGCACCCAAUGGCAUCCAGAAAGCGUUUGCUCUGCUCACGGGAAGCAGAUCCUCUCAAACUUCCGAGAUAUCGUCUUGGACUUUUGGGUGACUAGCAACCCGAGAAAUCAGUGGACCAAGCGCAGAGUUCUUGAGAACGCGUCGCUGCCCGAGUACAUUCUUCAGCAGAAUGCCGUUGAGCAAACCGACUUACGCAAGGCACAGGUUGCGGAAGCUGACCCAGCACGACUGGUCUCACCUUACUACGUCAAGUCUGCUAGAAUUGGCAAAGGCCCAUCUGCAGAGAUUGUGUUUCAAACGCUGUUUCGGGGUAGAUCCCUAGACGGCGAGGCGUGGCUUGAUAGCGCCAAAGUCAGAGACUCACACUCUCGCAACUCAUACUUAUCAUGGGCUUCGUUUACACUGAGCUAUUCGACCAAGUCGAGACAUGUGUCCUUCUACCAACAUGGCAAGAACAUCAAAUCGGAGAGGCUGAAUGUUUCCUAUUGGUCGUGGCUAGAGAAGUUCCAACAGGAGACUAUCGUGGCAAACACCGAAACACUUCCUUCUGAAUCGUUGGAUCAAGAGACAGAUGUUGGUCAGCCUUUGCUUCAGGUUGGGCUUAUCGGCUACUUUGGCUAUGAGCUCAAGAGAGAAUCAUUACCCGGCUACCAGUUUACACCACCAGAUGAGAAAGAUGUCAGUUUGAAACACAGCGAUAGCGAGCAGCUCUUCGCAACCACUGUGCUCCGACUCGAUAAUUACACUGGAGAGUGGACGCUAUUCAGCUUGAUACGUCGAGGUGAAGAGGAUCCAAUCGGCAAUGCCAUUGGCGCCUCGAGCAAGAUAGGUAUCGACGAGGCCGAGUUUGACCUCUAUCUGACUCGUGUCCGCGAGGUUUUCGACGCGCCGCCUUCACCACCUUACGUGGAAGCACAUCCUUUGCCCAAUUUUGUCGCACUCGAUAAUGAGGCAUCCUAUUCCAACACGAUCUGGGCAGCCAAGGAGGCCAUCAAAGAAGGAGAGACGUACGAACUCACAUUGACGACAAAGUUCAGGGCGAAGAGCCCAGAAGUCGACCCUUACAGCCUAUACCUAGACCUUCGAAAACGAAACCCUGCGCCGUAUUCUGCGUACAUCCACUUUGCCGCUCAUGACAAAACCAUCCUUUCUUCAUCCCCAGAGCGAUUUAUCUCCAUCGAUAGCAAUGGAGUAGCAGAGAUGAAGCCAAUCAAAGGCACCCUUGCUGUUGACCCUGAUCCAGUCGAGGAUGAGAGGCGGAAGCAUCAACUUGCGACUGAUGUCAAAGAGCUAGCAGAGAAUCUCAUGAUCGUUGAUCUGAUUCGAUCCGACCUUCACAACAUCUCACCACCAACCUCUAUUUCUGUGCCAAAGCUAUUGCAUGUAGAAACAUAUCAAACUGUCCAUCAGCUUGUCACAACAAUACAGUCCCAUAUUGCUCCGUCGGUAGGAGGAACCAAGGUUAUCGAGCGCUGCUUUCCACCUGGCUCCAUGACCGGCGCUCCAAAGCUUCGCUCAGUUCAGAUCCUCGACUCCCUCGAAGGUCAACGUGAGCGAGGCAUAUACUCUGGAAGUAUCGGUUAUAUCUGCGCCAGCGGUACCGUAGACCAAUCCGUCGUGAUCCGCACGAUCGUCAAGUCUGGCAAUGACCUAGAACUCGGUGCAGGAGGAGCCAUCACUUGGCUGAGCGAAGCGGAUAAGGAAUGGGAUGAGGUCAUGGUUAAAGCGAAUGCUGUUGCCCGAGGCAAAGGCAAGGCGCAAGUACCUGAUGUCGCUAUCAGUCACUUGGGCACCUUCGUGGAGGAAGAGAGUCAUCUGAGACAGGAGCCACUCAGAGCUGCAAUCAGCGCGUGA